GCCGCCCGCCCCAGCCCCGCCCCUGCCCCUGACCACUGCCAUGGCGGGCGCCGGGCCGGGGGGCUACGCGGCCGAGUUCGUGCCGCCCCCCGAGUGCCCGGUCUUCGAGCCCAGCUGGGAGGAGUUCACCGACCCGCUGAGCUUCAUCGGCCGCAUCCGGCCUCUGGCCGAGAAAACUGGCAUCUGCAAGAUCCGGCCGCCCAAGGAUUGGCAACCUCCAUUUGCAUGUGAAGUAAAAAGCUUUCGUUUCACUCCGAGAGUCCAGCGUCUGAAUGAACUUGAGGCAAUGACUAGAGUGAGACUGGACUUCUUGGAUCAACUAGCAAAAUUUUGGGAACUUCAAGGAUCCACUUUGAAGAUCCCUGUGGUAGAGAGAAAAAUCCUGGAUCUGUAUGCUUUGAGCAAGAUUGUUGCCAGCAAAGGAGGUUUUGAAAUAGUCACCAAAGAGAAGAAAUGGUCUAAAGUCGGUAGCCGCUUAGGAUACCUGCCAGGAAAAGGAACCGGGUCUCUUCUGAAGUCACACUAUGAAAGAAUUCUCUACCCAUAUGAGCUUUUCCAGUCUGGUGUCAGCCUGAUGGGUGUACAAAUGCCUAAUUUAGAUCUUAAGGAAAAGGUGGAGCCCAAGGUUCCCAGCACUGAUAUUCACACUUCCCCAGAGCCAGGCACGAGAAUGAACAUUCUGCCGAAGAGAACAAGACGUGUCAAAUCUCAGUCAGAAUCUGGAGAGGUGAAUAGAAACACGGAGCUGAAGAAACUUCAAAUUUUUGGGGCUGGGCCCAAGGUUGUGGGCCUGGCAGUGGGAGCAAAAGAUAAAGAAGAUGAGGCCACCCGAAGAAGAAAAGUUACCAACAGGUCAGAUGCUUUCAACAUGCAAAUGAGACAACGGAAAGGAACUCUCUCUGUUAACUUUGUCGAUCUCUACGUCUGUAUGUUCUGUGGUCGGGGGAACGAUGAGGAUAAACUGCUUCUGUGUGAUGGAUGUGAUGACAGCUACCAUACAUUUUGUCUUAUUCCUCCACUACCUGAUGUACCCAAAGGAGACUGGAGGUGUCCCAAAUGUGUUGCUGAGGAAUGUAACAAACCUCGAGAAGCAUUUGGCUUUGAGCAAGCUGUACGAGAGUACACACUUCAGAGCUUUGGAGAGAUGGCCGAUAAUUUUAAAUCCGACUAUUUCAAUAUGCCAGUCCAUAUGGUUCCCACAGAACUAGUAGAAAAGGAAUUCUGGCGGCUGGUGAGCAGCAUCGAAGAAGAUGUUAUUGUAGAGUAUGGAGCAGAUAUCUCCUCAAAAGACUUUGGAAGUGGAUUUCCUGUGAAGGAUGGCCGGAGAAAGAUGCUGCCAGAAGAGGAGGAGUACGCACUCUCGGGGUGGAAUUUGAACAACAUGCCGGUGCUGGAGCAGUCUGUUCUUGCACACAUUAACGUGGACAUCUCUGGUAUGAAGGUGCCGUGGCUCUACGUGGGGAUGUGCUUUUCCUCCUUUUGCUGGCACAUCGAAGAUCACUGGAGUUACUCUAUUAACUACUUACACUGGGGGGAGCCAAAGACGUGGUACGGUGUGCCCUCUCAUGCUGCAGAGCAGCUGGAGGAGGUGAUGCGGGAGCUGGCUCCUGAGCUGUUUGAGUCGCAGCCUGACCUCCUGCACCAGUUAGUCACCAUCAUGAACCCCAACGUGCUGAUGGAGCACGGCGUGCCUGUGUACAGGACCAAUCAGUGUGCUGGCGAGUUUGUCGUGACCUUUCCUCGUGCCUAUCACUCGGGAUUUAACCAGGGCUACAACUUUGCUGAAGCUGUGAACUUCUGUACUGCUGAUUGGCUACCCAUUGGACGUCAGUGUGUAAGUCAUUACCGACGGCUAAGGCGUCAUUGUGUCUUUUCACAUGAGGAACUCAUUUUCAAGAUGGCGGCAGACCCAGAAUGCUUAGAUGUGGGGCUGGCUGCCAUGGUGUGCAAAGAACUGACUCUCAUGACUGAAGAAGAGACACGAUUAAGGGAGUCUGUUGUACAGAUGGGUGUCGUGAUGUCAGAAGAAGAAGUAUUUGAGCUUGUUCCUGAUGAUGAGCGACAGUGUUCGGCGUGCAGAACCACAUGUUUCCUCUCUGCGCUCACGUGUUCCUGUAAUCCUGAGCGGCUCGUGUGUCUCUACCAUCCAACUGACCUGUGCCCCUGCCCCAUGCAGAAGAAAUGUCUUAGAUAUCGCUACCCAUUAGAAGACCUUCCCUCUCUGCUGUACGGUGUAAAAGUCAGAGCCCAGUCCUAUGACACUUGGGUCAGCCGCGUUACAGAAGCGUUAUCUGCUAACUUCAGCCACAAGAAAGAUCUGAUCGAGUUGCGAGUAAUGCUGGAAGAUGCCGAGGAUAGGAAGUACCCCGAGAAUGACCUCUUUCGAAAACUCCGGGAUGCUGUCAAAGAAGCCGAGACCUGUGCUUCUGUGGCUCAGCUGCUUCUCAGCAAAAAGCAGAAACACAGGCAGAGCCCAGAUAGUGGGAGGACACGGACCAAGCUGACUGUGGAGGAAUUGAAGGCCUUUGUCCACCAGCUCUUCAGCCUCCCCUGUGUCAUCAGCCAAGCCCGACAAGUCAAGAAUCUCCUGGAUGAUGUGGAAGAGUUUCAUGAACGUGCUCAGGAGGCCAUGAUGGAUGAAACCCCAGAUUCUUCCAAACUGCAGAUGCUAAUCGACAUGGGCUCCAGUCUCUACGUGGAGCUGCCUGAGCUACCCCGGCUGAAGCAGGAGCUACAGCAGGCUCGAUGGUUGGAUGAAGUACGACUGACCCUGUCAGAUCCACAGCAAGUCACCCUGGAUGUCAUGAAGAAGCUGAUAGACUCCGGUGUGGGGCUGGCGCCCCAUCACGCUGUGGAGAAAGCCAUGGCUGAGCUACAGGAGCUGCUGACAGUGUCUGAGCGCUGGGAAGAAAAGGCCAAAGUCUGCCUACAGGCAAGACCACGGCACAGUGUGGCAAGUUUGGAAAGCAUUGUGAAUGAAGCCAAGAACAUUCCAGCCUUUUUACCCAAUGUGUUGUCCCUGAAAGAAGCCUUACAGAAGGCUCGUGAGUGGACAGCUAAAGUGGAUGCUAUUCAGAGUGGCAGCAACUAUGCUUACUUGGAGCAACUUGAGAGCUUAUCUGCAAAAGGACGCCCUAUCCCUGUGCGUCUGGAUGCCCUGCCCCAGGUGGAAUCCCAGGUAGCAGCAGCCCGGGCUUGGAGAGAACGCACUGGGCGCACCUUUCUCAAGAAGAAUUCUAGCCACACGCUGCUGCAGGUGCUAAGUCCCAGGACUGACAUUGGAAUAUAUGGGAGUGGUAAAAACAGAAGGAAAAAGGUAAAAGAACUAAUAGAAAAGGAAAAAGAAAAGGAUCUGGACCUUGAGCCUUUGAGUGAUCUGGAGGAGGGGUUAGAGGAGGCCAGAGACACAGCCAUGGUGGUGGCAGUUUUCAAAGAACGGGAGCAAAAAGAGAUUGAAGCUAUGCAUUCCCUCAGAGCAGCCAACUUAGCCAAGAUGACAGUGGUGGACCGCAUUGAAGAAGUAAAAUUUUGCAUUUGUCGCAAGACAGCAAGUGGAUUUAUGCUACAGUGUGAGCUCUGCAAAGACUGGUUCCAUAACAGCUGUGUUCCCCUUCCUAAAUCAAGUUCCCAGAAAAAAGGGUCCAGCUGGCAGGCUAAGGAAGUAAAAUUCCUUUGCCCUCUCUGUAUGCGGUCUCGAAGGCCCAGGCUAGAGACUAUUCUGUCACUCCUGGUAUCCCUUCAGAAGUUGCCUGUACGGUUGCCCGAAGGAGAGGCCCUGCAGUGUUUGACAGAACGUGCCAUGAGUUGGCAGGAUCGAGCACGGCAGGCCCUAGCCACAGAGGAACUGUCCUCUGCUCUGGCCAAGCUGUCUGUGUUGAGUCAGCGUAUGGUGGAACAGGCAGCUCGAGAAAAAACUGAAAAGAUUAUCAGUGCAGAGCUCCAAAAAGCAGCUGCCAAUCCAGACUUACAGGGGCACUUACCCAGUUUCCAGCAGUCCGCUUUUAGUCGGGUGGUGAGCAGUGUGUCAUCUUCCCCACGACAAACGAUGGACUAUGAUGAUGAAGAAACAGAUUCUGAUGAAGACAUUCGGGAAACGUACGGCUAUGACAUGAAGGACACAGCUAGUGUGAAGUCCUCUAGUAGCCUGGAACCCAAUCUGUUUUGUGAUGAAGAGAUUCCCAUCAAGUCUGAGGAGGUGGUAACUCACAUGUGGACAGCACCUUCAUUCUGUGCGGAACACGCUUAUUCUUCUGCUUCUAAGAGUUGUUCUCAAGGUUCUAGUACCCCAAGGAAACAACCUCCGAAGAGCACUUUACGAAUUUUGGAACCUCCAGUGCUGGAAUUGUCGCCUGGAGCCAAAGCGCAGCUGGAAGAACUUAUGAUGGUUGGAGACCUCCUAGAGGUAUCUCUGGAUGAGACGCAGCACAUAUGGCGGAUUUUGCAAGCCACACACCCACCCUCUGAAGACAGGUUCCUGCAUAUCAUGGAGGAUGACAGCAUGGAAGAGAAACCACUAAAAAUGAAAGGAAAAGACUCUUCAGAGAAGAAACGGAAACGGAAGCUAGAAAAGGUAGAACAGCUUUUUGGAGAAGGGAAACAAAAGUCAAAGGAGUUAAAGAAAAUGGAUAAACCUAAAAAGAAGAAAUUAAAAUUAAGUGCAGACAAAUCAAAGGAGCUAAACAAACUGGCCAAGAAACUAGCAAAAGAAGAAGAGAGAAAGAAAAAGAAGGAGAAAGCUGCUGCAGCUAAAGUCGAACUUGUGAAAGAGAAUACUGAGAAGAAAAGAGAAAAAAAGGUGCUGGACAUCCCGUCCAAGUACGACUGGUCAGGAGCAGAGGAGUCCGACGACGAGAAUGCCGUCUGCGCCGCGCAGAACUGCCAGCGGCCCUGCAAGGACAAGGUAGACUGGGUACAGUGUGACGGCGGCUGUGAUGAGUGGUUUCAUCAAGUCUGUGUGGGCGUAUCCCCAGAAAUGGCUGAAAAUGAAGAUUACAUCUGUAUAAACUGUGCAAAGAAGCAGGGGCCAGACAGCCCAGGUCACGUGCCACCUCCUUCCUUCAUAAUGGGCUACAAACUGCCAAUGGAGGAUCUUAAAGAGGCCAGUUAGCAGAUGCUUGGCUAGUGUGGGACAUGGGAGAGAUGGACCGCUUUGAGACCUUAGUCAUCCAGAAGAGUGGUUAAGCCCACUAGAAAUGUUGCUUCCAAAGAUGAGCGGCCUUCAGAGCGAGUGCUGACCUCUCGCAUGGACGGUGUGGGCUGCGCCCUCUCCCGCACAUCGUGCAGAGGCUGUCUUCUUUGCCACAGCAGCCAGUACUGCAGCUCGUCUCCUUCGACGAUGGCUUCCUGCCUUGAGGCCAGGCGCUUGGUUGAGCUCCACGGUGGCUGCUUGAUAGUGAUACGUUGGUGUGCUAGCAGGGCACAGAGCACGCAGGGCCAGUGGGUCUUAGAGGCCUAUGAUCUAGGGCAGCACCAUCCCAAGGUGCUGAGUACUUGGCUCUCCUUAGGAGGAGAGAGAGCUGGAGAAGAGUCAGUACCCCCUUUCUUCCACUGUGCCCUGCAGGUAGAGCGAGGAGAAACGGCCAAAGCUGUUCCCGUUAAAGGUUAGGAGAUGGCAGCACAGGCCAAGAACCCUGCCAGUAGUGCUUGUCUGUACCGAGAAGAAAACCCCGAGUAAGAGACUCCCUCACCACCUGAGGCAGGUCACCUUCGCUUCCUAAAUGUCUCUGGCUCAUCUAGUUCAGAAAUCUGACUAGAUGAGAUUCUGGGAAGAAGACUCUUAUUUCAAGGCAGGGAGCCUUUUUAGGCUUCGGGAACUCACUGUCUUGGGUCUGCAUCUUAGAGGAGAGCAGUACGUGGAUCCAGGCUUCUGCAAAAAGAAAGAGAAAAAGAAGAAACAAUAGAGCAGUCCCAGUGCCUCCCUGGGCCCGUGACGCAUGCCUUUUGGGGACAGCUUCAUUCACAAGUACUCCAGACGCCACCAGGCUUCAGGCGUGCCGUGAGCAAGACCAACGCAACAGCUUUCCUUGCCGCCCGACCCCGAGCCUGCUGUUGCCAGCACGGGCCGUUUCUGAGCACGGCACGUGGCAGAUGCCGUUGAAGAACACCAUGACUUCAUCGGAGGGCGUGGGUUUGUAGUACCUCUGGGUGGUUGAAGUGGUUUUAGUAAAUCCAUUUUUAAAAAGAAAAAAAAAAAGGACUUGUUUUUACUUUUUUCUAAAUGUCUCUGACUACUGACUGUUCUAUGAAUAGAUUAUUUUUCCUUUUUUAAUAUACAUAUAUGAAUAUAAAUAUAUAUCUAUAUUUACUGUUACCAGCAGCAUAUGACAGAAUUUCGGCAUCAAAAAAUCCAUCUGGGGGCUUUCUUCUUCUUGUUUUUUUUUUUUUGCCUCUUGAUAAACCCCAUUCCUUCCUUGUAGUACAAGGAGUUAGCACUCCUUUCUCCAUCCUAGCUUGAGCAGAUCUUCCAUUUCACAGUUGUUCAAAUAGAUGAUUAUAUUUCUCUGGUGUUUCGGGACUCCUCCCUGUCUGUUGGGGCUGGGUCUUACUCCAGUCCGUGCUGGCCCGUGUCUUCUGUAUGUGAAUGUGUGAGCUACGGUGCCGUGUCCUCUUCCUCGUGUGUGCUUCGGUCUCGUUAAGGUGACAGGUGGUCUGUAUGUAACUUAUUAGAAGGG